ACGCGGGCGAUUAGAUGAUUGGCGUACUGUAGACGGUGCAAGCAGGAGCAGCCUGAAUUGAGAGAGCUUCUUCUUGUUUGACCUUUUUUUGGUUGCUUCUUUGAUACAUAGCGGAAUGCAGAAUGCUCGAUUUGCUCCCCGCAACCUCUAUCAGAGGUGCUUUCGUUCUACAAUUCGCUUUGUCUAAUCCACUGGUUUAGCAGAAUUGACGCCGCUUUAGGAGUACGUGCCAUUAGCUCGGUGAACCUGCUUCAGAGUGGUUUAGCAAUGGUCCGACAUUUACUUGCCUGAACUUGUCACUCCUCCCUUAUUCAGAUUUAUUCAGUAAGCUCCAAAAUCGAUAAACUACUUGCGUUAAUGUCGGAAAUGGAUCUUUUGCUCCUACCAACGGAUGUGAUCGUUCAGAUUCUUCACGAGCUAGAUCACCAGGAUCUCCUAUCAGCUGCUGCCACGUGUCGCACGCUGCACUCCUUAGCCAAUCUCCCGCAAAUCUGGCUGAGUCUGUGCAAACAAUGGGAAUCCGACGUGGAGAUUUCUGAUUGGCUCGUCGAGACGAGCUCCCCGAAAUGUCUAUUCCGUUUGCUCAACGCGCUCGAUCCAUUGGCUGGAGUCUGGGCUGCUGAUGACUUGGCUCCACGUGGCGGCCUGCUUUUCGCUAGCUGGGAAAAGAUGUCCAUGGUCGCUUAUCGCAUUAUUCCAGAUUGGCUUGACGGCUCUCUCCUCUGCGCACGACUCUUCCUCAUCUCGGCCUUCCCCGACGGAACAACACAGCUGCGUCUCUUAGCGGGUCGAGGGCUGGAAGAGGAGCACACAGUGGAGUUACCGGGUGUGCUUGUAUGGGAGACAGCCGAGCGGCAGAGGUUUCACCUGCAGACCAUACUCCCUGCUAUUCGCCCGUCCUCUAGAGUCACCUCUGCCGGUCAAGUUACCUCAAGCAAUCUUCUCACCUCGUCUGCCAGCUCGGUUGCGCCUAAUGCUGCUGCGUCUGCUCCUUCUUCCUCUUCUGCCGCUGCCGCAGCUGCUGCUGCCGCUCCCUCUUCUUCUCGGCCGGUUGCAGCAGCUGCUGCUGCGCGGUUAAACCCCCUGCUGGCGCGAUAUAUGAUAAACGCUCCUUCCGAUACUAGCACACUCGCUACAGGAGCUGCUGCUGCUGCUGGUGGUGGGAGUGCCAGUACUGCUGCUGGUGAUACAACGAGAGGAACUGAUAAUGGCAGUUCUAGAGGGGGUGGCGGCGAAGCCACUGGGAGUGCAGACAGGGAGCGCAGCAGCAACGGCAGGGGAGGGGGUGCCUCUAGUGAGCAGCAGCGGCAGCAACAGCAGGAGCUCCGAGAUACGCUUUUGGGCCGCCAGGUGUCAGGGGCUAUGUGGCUGGGAGCAGAGGCUCGGGAUCGCCCGGGCUUCAGAGAGGCGUCAGCUGGAUGGACUGAUGCUAGCCGUGCUGCUGCUGCUGCUCCUGCCCAUGCCCAUGCUGCUGCUGCUGCUGCGCCUGGAGCGGUCCAUGCUCAGGCUGCUGCGGCUGCUGCUCGUGUUGCUGCUGCGGGUGCUACUGCUGCUCCUGCUCCUCAUGCGACUCUUGCGGCGGCUCCUGCUGCUGCUGCUCCGGCGGCGGUGGCUGGCGGUGGUGGAGCAGGGAGGGGGGAAGCAAGGCUUCAGAUGCGAGCGCUGCAGUACCUGUCGGGAAUGGCAGGGGCAGGCAGAGGGCUUGGCCGCGGAAAUACAGCUAGGAGCAACGCUGCCGGGGUUAAUGCUGGUAGAGGGAGGGAGCACGGGAGAGGGAGCGAGGGAGGGAGGGGAGGAGCAGCAGAAGCAACGGAUAGGGGGGUUGGGAGGGGUGGUGGUGUGAUGGGUGCUGCGCUUGCAGGAGUGGGGACUGGGGCGCGAGCACCGAUGCUGUUACAGCAGCCGACACUGCAGCAACAACAGCAUAGGCAGAGUGAAAGCCCCCAGCAACACGCACAGCAAGGGGGCAGCUCGAAAGGUCCCCAACAGCAGCAGCAGCAGCAGCAGCAGAGCGCACAGACAGCCCUGGGUGCUUUCCUAGUAGCAGAAGGGACGGCAUCUGGCAGUCGCGGUGGCAGUAGCAGCAGCAGCCAGGGUCCAGGCGGCAGCAGAAGCUCAGCUGGUGCAGGUGGUACUGGUGCGGGUGGUACUGGUUCUGGGGGCCACGGGUGGUCCUGGAUAGGCGGAGCAGGGGGAGCGGGAGGGGGAGGAUUUCAGGGAGGGGGGUUUGAGGGCGGGGGAUUCGGGGGAGGGGGGAAGCGCGGAGGCGAUAGGGGGAUGGUGGAUGAGGCGAGCGGGCAGGUGAGGCGACUGCCCGUGCCUAAGUCCAGCUACAGCCGAGUGCCCUUGACUCGAGCUGAGAAGGAGCGAGCAAGGGAGAGGAGGGCGGAGAAGGGGCAGGUGCGGGUGGGGAGAGCGAGGGAGGUGCGGGGAAGGGUGGGGGAGGAGAAGAUAGAUGGGGCGAGUGAUGGCGCUGAUGUUGAUUUAAUGGAAGAGGAUAUUCUGGGGGUGGAGGGAGGAGGAGGCGCGGGGAUGGAGGGGCAAGAAGGGUGGAUGAUGGACGCUGAUGGGUGUGCGGAGGAGCGGGGGGGAGGGAGUAGAGGGGAGGGAAGGAGAGGGGGCAGAGGAGAGGGUAGAGGUGAGGGUAGAGGAGAGGGUAGAGGAGAGGGUACAGCAGGUGAGGGUAACAGGCGUCCAGCAGUCGAGGUACCGGAGUGGGCGUAUGAGCUGGAGGGGUUGUGGACGGGCGUGUAUGGUCCGCACGGCGUGGAGAUACUGAGUGUGCUUGUACAGGGGGGCGAAAUUGUCGCCACUAAGAUCACAGGCGAUCCCAAUGUGCCCUGUGGUCAGGCCACCUUCAAAGCCCGCCUCGCCACAGCGCAAGGCCCGCCUGACCCCACCGACUUUCCGCCCACGGACUCCCACCUGCCACGGGGGCCAGGGGGAGCACCGGUGCGGCUCACCCCCACUCGCAGUAUCAUACUCCCGCCUCCGAGCAACGGUGAUGGUGCUGACAGGGGGGCAGGCAGCAGCAGUGAUGCUGGUGGUGGUACUGAUGGGAUUCAUGGGGAUGAUACUGCCAUGGGCAGUGGUGACACUGCAGUGGCGAAUGUGGAUGGGGGCGGUGACACAGGCUGGGAUAGUGAGAGAGCAGCGGAGAGGGAGAGGGAGCGAGCUGACAGGUGGCAUAGAGCCACGGCGCUCGCUCGAGCUGUGAUUCAGCCGGAUCACGAGGCGGGGGCGGAUGAUGGGAGCGAGCUGCGAUUCGUGUGGAUGUGCCAGGGCCAAGGACGGGUGGCAGACUACAACUUCCGCCGCCCGCAGUGGGUAGACGGCUGUCUGCUAGUGGACUCUGCCGCCCGCAUCACGUUCCUCUGGCAGGACGUGCACUUUGCCAUCCGCUUCCGCCGUCUCGAUCUGCAAAAGCUGGUCCACAGUGCAUAAGUCACUUGAGCGGUCCACAUCGCAUAAUUGCCUAGUUUCUUGGGAUGUGCUGCAAGCGCGCUCACAGUGCGUGCUUCUCUUAGAUCCAGGGUUCCACUUCUGGUGAGUUGCCUUGCCGCAGGACCUUUUUUUUUCACGGCUGACAGCCGGUUUAUGCGGGCUCGGUUUUUGAAUCGGGGAGCGGAUGCAGCAGGAGCAGCUCCGUGGCUGAGUGUCUGUCAGCAGUUUUGGGGGAGCUUUGCUGUUCUGCUGGCCACUGUAUGGUACUGUCUAACAACAACUGGUGCUGCCACUGUCUAAGACUGGCUAACUCUGAUUCAGCGGCAACAGGGAAGAAGGAGCAGCAAUCGCUGCUUCACCAGCAGCAGCGGCAGCGGCAACGGCAGCGGCAGCAGCAGCAGCACAUGAUCGGACGACAUGCAAUCUCUUCAGCCAAUAUGGCAGUCACAACUCUUGACUAACAUCGUUUUUGGAGGACUGGCCCCGGGCUCGUGUGGUUGGUGGGACUGUGGGUGGUAGGAGGCAUGUGGGCACAUGCUCACGUCACAUCCCAUGUGUUCUCUUGUUCUCUAUGGUUCACACCACAUCACAUGUGUUCUCUUGUUCUCUAGGGUUCACAACGCAUCACAUGUGUUUUCUGGUUCUCUAUGGUUCACACAACUUCACGUUUCUUCGCUGUGGUUCACAUCGCAUGAUCACAUGGCACGUGUUCUCUGGUUCUUUGUGGUCCAUUUUGUCAAACAUAUAUUGUAUGUUUCUGUAGACUAUAUAGGGUUGUGCCUUAGGCAGUACAAUCCGUUAGGUUAUAUUCCCUUGUAUGCCUUGUUCUAGACAUUCU